CGUUCGCGUGCUGCACGGGUCUGGCAGGGAGGAGACGCUGCCGCCGCGUCGCCACGCGGACGACUCUGCUCCGCCGUCAUACGGGCCGCUCAGUCGGCGACGCAAGGGAGAACCACGGUGCGCCGUCGCACUGGGACACCUCCCAUUCGCUGUUAAUGGUCUUCUUCCCUGCAGUUUCGAGGCCAUCCAUGCAACGUUCUACAUCCGACCACUGGAUGAUGGCUACUGCUGGCUGGGUAUUCACGCUUCUGGCCAUAGUUGCGGAUCUACCAUGGUGCGGAGAGAGCGCGGCGGUGAACCUGACGCUGCCCAAAGUGCCUUCGGUGCCGCUGUCCAUGGACGACGACUCGCCGUACCUGCAGGACCUCUACUGGCCUCACAACGACUCCUGGCCCAUCGACACCCUGGAUGAGUUCGAGCGCAACCGCCUGCGAGGUGUGUUCCUGGCGGAACCGCAGACGACUCCGGUGACAGUGGCGCGUCCGCCACCCGACCCGGAAUUCGACCCCGAGACCUCCACCAACGUGUCCGCACGUCUGGGCGCCACAGCCUCGCUCCACUGCCGGGUCAGAAAUCUGGGCGAACAUUCGGUGUCGUGGGUGAGGAAACGUGACUGGCACAUUCUCACGUCCGGCCUCUUCACGUACACCAACGACGACCGCUUCCAGGCGUCGCACUCUAACAACGGCGAGGACUGGAGCCUCCACAUCAAGUACGUCCAGAAGAGGGACAAUGGUACUUACGAGUGCCAGGUGGCGACUGGCAAAGGCACGAUCACGCAGUAUUUCCACCUGCACAUCAUAUACCCGACUGCCUUCAUCCUAGGCAACGGGGAGUAUCACAUCGGCGAAGGCAGCACCAUCUCUCUCGUCUGCAUCAUAGAAUAUAGCCAGACGCCGCCGCAGCAGGUGGUGUGGUCGCACAACGGCCGCCCCCUCUCCAGGGACGGCGCGCGCGGCGUCGCGCUCAGCACGGAGCCGGGGCCGCGCACGCACUCCCGCCUGGUGGUGGCGCGCGCCGCCCGCGCCGACGCCGGCAACUACACCUGCGGCGCGCCCGGCACCGAGCCCGACACCAUCAGCGUCUACGUCUCGGAAGGAGACAACACGGCGGCGAUCCAGCGGCAGGAGGCUUCCCGGGCGCGGCGCCUGCACCCCCACCUCGCGGCCGGGGGGCACGACCUCUCCCUUGCGCUCUUCGCCGUCGCCUGCAGCCUCUACUGCUGACAUCUGCCGGCGGUGUGAAGUGUUCCUCGGCUUCUCAUGAGAUGAAGGCACUCACACGGACCCCUGAAUGUCCUCAAGAGGCUGUCGUCUCAAAGCGGCCUGCUCAUCACAAUACGCAACUGGACUGUCGGAACAUCACUGAGGAUCUGAAGAG